AUGCGUGCCAGCCCCCCGCGCUCUGCUUCCUCAAGACGCCGGCCCUUCCCCUUGGGCCCAGCGCCCAGAGGCGGGGGACCAGCCCCCCGGGAGCCGCGGGAGCGCGGCCGAGCCUGUGGUCCGGAAUCGGGGGGCGUCCCCUCAGCUCUCAUGCAAAAUGCAGGCGCUGGGAUUGUGCUCGUACCUGAUGUGGACGAGCCCUCCCUGGAGCUGCACGCGCCCUCAUCAUACACGUCGCCCACGUCACACACGUCGCCCACGUCCCCUGCGCUCAGCCCCGCACAUGUGGCCUUAACAGAACCCGCCCCUGAACCCCCGCGGAGCCACCCUCCGAGCGCCGCAUGGCCACCUGCCACCUUGGCUCACAGCCUGGUUCCUCAAGGAGACAUGGCCCGCAGCUCAGCAGGUCCCAGCGGCUCUGCAGCCACUUAUGGGCCGGUGAGGAGCAGUGAGGUGACCCUGGACGAGGACGAGAUGGAUAACUUCCUGCCGGAGGCCCACUGGACCGCUUCCCGGGUGCUCCCGCCCAUGCAGGACGUCACAGCCGGGCCCCCAGGGCCGCCAGGAGCUGCGCCGACGCCAUCUCUGCCCCUCAUUUCGUCACUCCACCGAGAGGUGGCGUCCACCUGGCACCAGGUCGUGCAGCCACCCCUGACGGAGACAGAUGCCGACCCCUCGGGUCAUCGCAGCCUGGCCUUGUCAGCGUUGCCCACUUCCGGGGACUGGCUUCCAGUUCCGAGCAGGAAUUUGGUGCUUGAUCCCACGGAAAUCUUUGGGCACACGGCCAAUAGGACUUGGCCCGAGAUCAUGGCUUCGGCAGAACCCCUCCUCUCCCCGAGUGUCCCGUCUCCAGUGCCCGAGGCUAGUGACGGCCUCCCCCAGCAGCCAUUUCUGCUCCCUGCGCAGGUUCUGGAAACGAGUACAGCCAGCUCCGUGCAGGCGACCCCCGCUUUGAGUCAGGGGCCAACAGGCACUGUUUCCCCUCAGAUCCCUCCGACCGCACAUGUGUCACACACAGGCCUGGCUUCCGGUGGCCGCAGCAGAACAGAUUCUCCAUGGUUUUCACCUUCUCUCCCAUUGCUUCCCUUUUCUACUCCAUCAGCGGAUAUUUCUGAUGACCCCUUUCUUUCGAGAAACUUCAGUGAAAUGUCCAAACUGCCCGGCCACCUGGCAGCCCCCAGUCAUGUAUCUGACAUGCCUGUCCUGAGCCCCACACCUUCAUCUAGACUGCCUGCAUGGUGUGUGUCCUGCAGUCUGUCUUCACCUCUCCAAGCUCUGUCCUCCAACCUUCUGGAAAAAGAUGUGGGCUCGAUCGACAGUUCUGAGACCUUGCCCGGGACCAUAUUGGAAGCAAGCCGCCUCACUUUGCUGAGCAGCAAGAUGACAGCCGACUUCUCUGAAUUUGAGGCGAAUCCUGAAGAAUUGAUUACCCCUUUCCCCUCAAGACCUGUAGUUUCACUUUCCUCUCUGUCUGGGGACAUCUCAGAACCGAGCCUCAGUGCCUCAGCGGAGGAAGACAGGAGUAGCGUUGUGUCCAUACACGUUUCUCCUCCCUAUGGCCAACCCCCUGUCACAGUGUCACUCGGGACUGCGUCCUUCAGCUCCUCCUUGGUUGUACAGACGGAAAUCAUGUCAUCCAGCAGAGCAGCUUUGUUUCUCUCUGCCCUCACCAGUGUUUCCCUUGACUCGUCUCUCUCCAUCACAGCAGAUACAAACACCCCGCCACAUUCCACCACAGACCCAAGCCUUUAUACGUCCUAUAGUUUGGUUCCUUCAGGAGACUCUUUGCCUUUCUCUGAUCAAGAACCACCCCAUUUUCCCCUACACAAAACUGAGAGUAUUCUGGAUUUUGCAUCGAGCUUUUUCUCGACACUUCCACCAGAAUUCAGCAGUUUGGGACCUCCAACCUCAGAAGAUCUGGCGUCUACGCCUGCAUCCGUUUCUCAGGCGUUGUCUAGUCUGAUGGAGGCAUACACAUCAUCUGCCUCUGUCAGCUGGCAGGCAACUGUGUUUUCUGUUCCCAAUUCCACACACCUUGAGUUUCCUCAGCUCUGGCCAAGUUCAGACCCUCUUUCAAACACAUUCACUUUUCUAGCUAGUUACUCUGAAAUGCCAUCACUGUUGAAUCUCCCAGCUGAUUCUUCCAAGUUCUCUGAAACAGCAAUGGUUUCACCAACAGAUUCUGACCCUGACUUUACUUCAGCUUUCACUCACACUACCUCCCGUUUCGAGUUUUCCCUCGUUUCCCAUGAGUUUACAGUCUCCCCACUGGCACCCUCCAGUUCUGAGUCUACUGUUGACCUUGUGAUUGAUGGGACUUUCUUAAUGUCACUGCUGAGUGCUUGUCAUACUCCAUUCAUAUCAACUGAGUCCUCUCUGUUUUCUACUCCCACGUCUCUCAGUGCUACAGACCGCCACACAACGUCUGCCUUACUCUCUUUUACCCCCAUCAGCCCUUCUGUGACGCUAUCAAUGACAGACCUGUACCUGCCAUCAGCUUUCUCGUUUGUUUCUGAGGUAACCCCCUCAGCUCUCCUCACAGAGCCAAUUUUUGUGGGUCCAUCGUUUGUGCCCACAAAUUUACCAACAAACACCUCCACUGAACUGAGCACAUCAAAUGUGGCUGCAGUUCAUACUGUUGACACCACCUUCACCCUGAGCAGCAAGACUGCAAGUCCGAAUCCCCAUAAGAGCCCUACUGCUCAUCCCCUGCCGUCACUUCCUCCGGGGACCACUGCCAGCCCUGAAGCCCUGGUCAACACACCAGCCCUGAUCGCCACCAAGCCACCGUAUGUGUGUGACAUCUCAGUUCCCGAUGCCUAUUUGAUCACAGCUGUGCUUGCCCGGAGAGCUGUACAGGAAUACAUCAUCACGUCCAUCAAAGAAGUGCUGCGUGUCCACUUCAACCGGGCCGUGGAGCUCAAGGUCUAUGAGAUAUUCCCGGACCUCACAUUCCUGGUGACCUCCAGCCCUUUCAUAUACACUGCAAUAUCUGUCAUCAAUGUGCUCAUCAGCAGUAAGCUUGUGCGUGACCAGACUCCCUUAAUCCUGUCUGUGAAACCUUCCUUCUCCGUGCCUGAUUCCAGGUUCCAAGUCCAAACAGUACUUCAGUUUGUGCCUCAGAGCGUGGACACCGGCUUCUGCAACUUCACCCAGCGCAUCGAGAAAGGUCUGAUGAUCGCACUCUCGGAAGUGAGAAAGCACCAUCCGAGCACCUAUAACCUCACAGUGCAGAUCUUGAAUAUCACUGUGGGGCCUUCAAGGAUGGCUCCCCGGCGGGGCCCAGUGACCAUCAUUUUUGCUGUUAAGAAUGCACAGGGAUUUCUGAAUGGGUCUGAAGUAAGCGAGCUGCUUCGGAACCUGAGUGUGGUAGAGUUCAGUUUCUACCUGGGGUACCCCACACUGCGGAUAGCUGAGCCCUUCCAGUACCCACAGCUCAACUUAUCACAGCUGUUGAAGGCCUCCUGGGUGAGGACAGUACUCUUGGGCGUCUUUGAGAAGCAGCUUCAGAAUGAAGUCUUCCAAGCCGAGAUGGAGCGCAAGCUGGCCCAGCUGCUCAGCGAGGUCCUCUCGAGGAGGCGGAUGUGGAGAAGGGCCACCGUGGCCUCGGGGAGCAGUGUGGUGCAGGUGGUGAACGUGUCCAGACUGGAGGGGGAUGAUCACCCGGUGCAACUCAUCUACUUCGUGGAGGAUCGAGACGGCGAGAGGCUCAGCGCCAUCAGGACCUCAGACCUCAUCAACAAGAUGGACAUCCAGAGGGCUGCCAUUAUCCUGGGCUAUCGGGUCCAAGGCAUCAUCGCCCAACCUGUGGACAGGGUGAAGCGGCCGUCCCCCGAGGCCCAGAGCCACAACCUCUGGGUCAUUGUGGGCGUGGUCAUCCCCGUGCUGGUGGUCAUGGUGAUUGUGGGUAUCCUCUACUGGAAACUCUGCCGCACCGACAAGCUGGACUUCCAGCCCGACACUGUGGCCAACAUCCAGCAGCGCCAGAAGUUGCAGAUUCCUAGUGUGAAGGGCUUCGAUUUUGCCAAACAGCACCUGGGUCAGCACAAUAAAGAUGAUAUACUCAUCAUCCAUGAGCCAGUGCCCCCACCUGGACCCAUGAAGGACCACACACCGCCCUCCGAGAAUGGAGACAUGCCGACCCCCCAGGCCAAGGUCCUCUCCAAGAGCCUCCGGCACAGAGGAAGAAUUUCUCCCUCGGAUGCCGACUCUACUGUCAGCGAAGAGUCCAGUGAAAGGGAGGCGGGCGACAAGCCUCCUGCAGCGGUCAGCGACAGCAGGCCCUCCCGUGGUCCCCAGAGCGGGCCGCCCCCACCCAGCUCGGGCCCUGAGCAGCACUCGUCCGCCUCCAUCUUCGAGCACGUGGACAGAAUCGCCCACACGGCAGAGCCCAGUCGCCGGGUCCCCAGCAAGAUCCAGUUGAUUGCCAUGCAGCCAAUCCCGGCUCCCCCUGCCCAGCACCCUCCCCCGGGCGACCGAGUGGCAGAAACCAACAAGAUUAACAAGGAGAUUCAGACUGCGCUGCGGCACAAGUCCGAGAUCGAGCACCAUCGGAACAAGAUCCGGCUCCGCGCCAAGCGCCGCGGCCACUACGAGUUUCCGGUGGUGGACGAGCUGUCCUCGGGGGACACGCGUGAGCGCCACCGUGUGUACCGGCGCGCGCAGAUGCAGAUCGACAAGAUCCUGGACCCCACGGCCAGCGUGCCCUCUGUGUUCAUCGAGCCCAGGAAAAGUUCCAGGAUCAAGCGUUCUCCUAAGCCACGCCGGAAGCACCAGGUCAAUGGCUGCCCCACAGAUGCUGAGAAGGACAGACUCAUCACCACUGAUAGUGAUGGCACCUACAAACGGCCCCCUGGUGUCCACAACUCGGCCUAUCUCGGGUGCCCCUCUGAUCCAGACCUCCCGGCAGAAGUUCAGACGCCGUCCUCGACUGAGCUGGGACGGUACCCCGGCUUGCCCUUCCCGGCCUCCCAGUACAUCCCACCCCAGCCAUCCAUCGAGGAGGCCCGCCAGACCAUGCAUUCCCUCCUGGAUGACGCCUUUGCCCUGGUGGCCCCCAGCAGUCAGCCGGCCAGUGCUGCGGGUGCCGGCCCCGGACUCCCCGCCGGCCUGCCCCUCAACAGUACCCCUUCCCGGGAGGAGAGGAGAGCAGCCCCAUGGGGCUCCUUCUACAGCCCGGCUCAGACGGCCAACAACGCAUGCAGUAGGUAUGAGGACUAUGGAAUGACUCCCUCAUCGGCCCCACUGCCAAGGCCCAGCUUUGGCCCUGGUUUGCUACUAUCCUCAGACCUGGGGCCCCCGGAGCCUGCACAACCCCAGGCCGAAGCGCCCUUUACCGCCCGCGGAAUCUACUCAGAAGAGGUGACAUCGGUGGCCCGGCCCCGGCCAGUUGGAGGCACCACAGGCUCCCAGAUCCAGCACCUCACGCAGGUGGGGGUCUCAAGCAGGAUUGGGUCUCAGCCCGGGGAGGCCCUGCCAGGCCGGGGCGGCCAGUACAGCGGGCCAGGAUGGACCUCGUAUGGCGAGGACGAAGCUGGGAGGAGAGAGGCCGUGCCAAGGACUGCAGGCAGGGAGCCCUCCGCCCCACCUGGGAACCUGCCUCACAGGGCUCUGCCAGGCCCUGGGCUGCCUUACGCCACCAGCUCCUCUGAGGACCUGCAGCCCGGCCACUCCUCCACGUCCCUCAUCAAAGCCAUCCGGGAGGAACUGCUCCGGCUCUCCCAGAAGCAGACGGCUGUGCAAAGCUUUCACAGCUGA